CGCCUGGAAUGAAGAGCGUUGCCAUUGGCGUCUGUCCCGCGGACCCCACGCGCGUCUCGCCGGUUCCCGCCGCUCUGAGCCCCGCUGUGCGCGCUUCCAUUGUCCUUACGGCUGUGGGAGCCGGGACGCGUCUGAGCUGCCUCUGCUGAUGCCGAGGCUGCCUUUGCGCCCACGUCGCACGGUGCUUCCCCCGCCCCAUGGAGCCGCCCGCGGGGGCCGCGGCUACCGAAAAGGAUCCUGCGCCCCGAGACGACCCCAAGGAUGCCAAGGUCUCGGCGCCAGUUGGGGACCCCCCGACCAGGACGUCGCCUCCGCAGAAAGCUGGACAUGCGCUGCAAAACUGGGACACCGUGGCCACAGUGGGCACUGGGACGUUUGGCCGCGUGAACUUGGUGAAGGAGAAGACAGGCAGGAGGUACUAUGCCUUGAAGAUUAUGAGCAUCCCGGAUGUCAUCCGCCUGAAGCAGGAGCAGCAUGUGCAGAAUGAAAAGGCAGUUCUGAAGGAAAUCAACCAUCCCUUCCUUGUUAAGCUGUUCUGGACUGGCCAUGACAACCGCUUCCUGUACAUGCUGAUGGAGUUCGUGCCUGGUGGUGAGCUCUUCACUUACCUGCGGAACCGUGGCCACUUCUCCUCCAUUGCAGCAAUCUUCUACUCCACAGAGAUCGUGUGUGCCAUCGAGUACCUGCACUCCAAAGAGAUCGUGUACAGGGACCUAAAGCCAGAAAACAUCCUUCUAGAUAGGGAAGGGCACAUCAAACUCACUGACUUUGGCUUCUCGAAGAAGCUGGUGGAUAGGACAUGGACCCUCUGUGGAACACCAGAAUACCUUGCCCCAGAAGUCAUUCAGAGCAAAGGCCAUGGGAGAGCCGUGGACUGGUGGGCAUUGGGCAUCCUUAUAUUCGAGAUGCUGUCUGGGUUUCCCCCAUUUUUUGAUGACAACCCAUUUGGGAUUUACCAGAAAAUCCUUGCGUGCAAAAUAGAUUUCCCCAGACACUUGGAUUUCACCUCUAAGGACCUGAUCAAGAAGUUGCUGGUGGUAGAUAGGACCCGGCGCCUGGGCAGCAUGAAGAACGGGGUAGAAGACAUCAAGCGGCACCGAUGGUUCCGGGGUGUGGAGUGGGAGUCAGUGCCACAGAGGAAACUCAAGCCACCCAUUGUACCCAAGUUAUCGGGUGAUGGCGACACCUCCAACUUUGAGACUUAUCCAGAGAGUGAGUGGGACAAGACCCCACCUGUGUCUGACAAAGAACUGGAAACAUUCAAAAAUUUCUGAGGAACAACGGGAACCCACAUCUGCAAGGAGCAUGAAGAAUUCCACGCAGUGCCGAGGACCAGAACCAUUUUUGUUGCUUGACUUUAUUUUUUUCCUGAAAAACUAGAAGGAUUCGAUAUAUGUAUCCACUACCCAUUCAAGGCUAAUGGGAUCAUUGCCCUCAGGACCCAGCCUCAUUUCAAAACUAGAAACCUACCCGUUGGGAAGUUUGUAAAACCUGUUAAAUUGUAGAUUGUUUUCCCUUCUUUGUGAGUCUUGUGUUCGUGCUGUGGAGUUAGUUAUUGAUGUUGUUUCGCUACUGAGUUUUGUAAGUUUGAAUUUGACCCAUUUAAUGCUAGCUGUCACUGUGUAUGUUGUGCACAGACAAUGUGCAAAACUGAUACUUUGAUAUACCUGGGACAUGUUUAUUUUCCAAAGCUUUCUGAAAAAUCUGUCACCCUGCAGGCAAAAAAAGGGGGGGAGGGGUGCGAUAUAUGCAUUUUUAAAAUGCUUUUCUAUGCAUUUUGCCAUUUGUGUGCAUUGUUUGUUUAGUUUCUCUCUGGUCACUAUAAACUUGGAAGGCAGGAAGCCACAUGCCCUGCAGACCCUCUUUCAAAUAUGGCACAAACAGGUGACUUUCUGCAAUCUUCCAGUUUACACGUUUCCAGUAAAAUAUCCUUUCCUAAAAUUAAGCCAGAACUUUGUGUAAUGCAUUAACCACUUGGCAUCCUGGGUGCAAAGAUUGCCUUUUUACGAUAAUAUAAAUUUAUCCACAUUCCCAAAAGGGAACUUUAAGGAUCCACCCUUCAACUCCCUCCUCUGUUGUAAAUGACAUUUUCUUCCCACCAAACUCAAUCCUGUUCUUCCAGCCUUGUUCAUCUGUAAAAACUCAGGUUCCAGGCUGGUAACUUUUUUUUUCUUUUCUUUUUUUUCUUUUUUUUUUUGAGACAAGAGUUUCUCUGUGUAAUGGGCCUAGCUGUUCUGGAACUAGCUCUGUAGACCAAGCUGGCCUCAAACUCACAGAGAUCCACCUGCCUCUGACUCCCAAGUGCUGGGAUUAAAGGUGUGCACCACCACUGCUCUGCCGGGCUGGGAACUUUUAUGAACGUUUGUACAGAGCUGUAUUUUCAGUGAGCUUUCUCAGCCCUUUCCAGUAUGCAAAAUAACUGGGUUAUGUACCACAAACAAACAUACACAGGAGAUAGAACUCAAGAUUAUAAUCAAGCCCUGUGAAUACGCACACUGACCCACAUAGGUGCUGUCUUCAUUUGAUAUUAAGUAGGAAAUAAUAUAAAAUCAGCGUAGGAAACAUCGCCUUAAUUCUAAACAUAUACGGGGAGAUCACACAUAUGCACUGUGUGCUCUUAUUUAACAGUUUGACCCCUGACCCUAAAAAUAAAAUUAAACACCCUUAUAAAUUAUAUCAUGUGAUGUCAUUGUCGUGACAUCAGGUAGUGCUUAUGAAUCAUAAUUUUUAUUUUAAUAUUCUUAAUGUGUGUGCAUGUGGCUUCAGUACAUACGGGGCCAGCAGAGCACUCCAGAGACUCUGCAGCUGGACAUACUAGGUGAUUGCGUCCUGCGCUGUCCAUGUUGGAAUGGAUAAAGGAACUAUGUCCUCUUCCUGCCUCUGAGUCCAAGGAGAACUGUGCACCCAGCACCUUCUCUUAAAGCAAUGGGACAGUUAAUGAAUUUCAAAUUUCUCUGAUGGUUCGUUGACUUGAACCAAGUACAAAUAAUAAUCAGUAACGACUACUAAUUUAAAAACAAAUCCCCAUGCUCUCUAAUCAAGACUGAUCUUUGUGUGUGUGUGUUUAGUAGCUAUAAAGUACUCAGUGCUGCGGAAUGGUGCUCACCUCACCUAAUUAACUGUUACAUGUUAUACUGUAAAAUGUGAUUUGAUGGCUAAAUACUGUUCACAGGACCCUCGGGCUGUGCUUAUAUCUCAACAUUGGACCAAAACAUAGCAGUCAAUCACCACUGUGUUGCUCGGUGAACCCUAGGCAAGAUUUAGCAUUGUGUGGGGCUCUAUGUUGGAAUGAAAAACUGGAGAAAGGGUCUUUCACUUCUGGCUGUAUAUUUUGAGGUGUGUUGAUUUCCUGGGUUGUGUGUGUGUGUGUAUGUUGUUGUUGUUGUUUUUGAUGAAGCUACAUAGGGAGCAUUGAUGAAUGCCUGACACCUGUCAUUCUUGUUUCCCACACACACUGCAAACCACCUGAAAAUGAUGAUGCAAAGUCAAGGUUUUUGUAUGAGUUGGUUUCUCCCAUCUGUGUGUUUGUGUCCGUGUCCCUACCCUUGCUUGUUCCCAUCAGAUCUGCCUUGUGAACCUCACAGCCUUGCAUCCAACCGCACACUGUCGUUUCCAUGGGGGUGUGGGUGCUCUAGCUGGCUAUGUAAUAGACAUCCUUACUUGUGUAACUUGGGGAAAGUGAGCGGGAGCCUUCCCGGCCCUCCUGGUCCUCACAGGUCAGACUCAAACCCCCUUGGCAACCUCAGUUCUUCUCCCAGUGUGGGGAUUCACCACUCGACCUCCUGAUGGAACAGGUGUCGCGUACACUGUGCAGGUGUGUCCCGCUGCUGAGCACUUGCUGGCUCAUCUGAAAUUAGCACCUGGAAUGAAAAAGCCUGGUCUUUCGUCUUACUUUCUAAUCCUGCUGCACAAUUUAAAAAUCACUGUGAUUUGUGUAUAUAUCUAUCUAUAUCUUUCUAUAUAUAUUUGCCCCCAGGAAGAUUUUUCUGCUGUCUAAUUUAUAAAAUAAUACUAUUGAG